AUGUCGUCGCUCACGGAUUUUCGCUUCUUCAAAUUCAUAAUCCCCAACAUGGAUAAUCAAAUUAGAAUGCCGCCGACCUUCUCCAACCUUGUCCGGGAGACCAUUAGCAACCCCAUUGAGAUAAGCACCACAAAUGGUCAGUCGUGGAGCAUCUCGUGGGGCGUUGAGGAGGAGCAUCCGCAUCGAAUCGUCUUCACCGGAGGGUGGCGGGACUUUUACGGACACUACCAUCUUCGAAUCGGUUCCAUGAUGCUAUUAUCGUAUCACCAACCAAAGUUUUUCUAUGUGACCAUCCAUGGCACAAGUUUCUGCGAGAACAACUAUGAAAGAAACUUGCGACACGGAAGUCUUCCAGCAAUACCCGCACAUGGCAACUACACAAUGCUGGCGCCACGGUUCUUGUGGGAUUAUGGUCGGUCCCUACCGCGACCCCUGACGCUAACCACGCCUACAGGACAUCAUCAUCGCGUGGGCUGGAAUAUGGAACCUAAUGGAAAGAUCGUGCUUCAUGGAGGAUGUGCCACUGUUAGGGAACACUUCAGCCUAAGGGAUGAGUGGCUGCCAAAUGUCCCACCUCUGCCGGGAGUCUAUGAGGAUAGCCCAAUUUCGAUUACCAACGAGAGGGGCGCAUGGACCGUUCAGUAUAGGCACUAUGCCGGGAGGAUGAACGGAUGUUUUAGAGUAGGCUGGUCUGUCCUAGCAACUGCAUGCCAACUAAGACACGGCUAUGUGUGUGUCUUCGAGCAGUUGGCACCGCAAGACUACCGCCUGCAUAUAUUGAGAACUCCUGAAUCCUAA